AUGGCAGCAGCAGCAGCGGCGGGGGAUGCUGCGUGCACAGCGGAGGAGGGAAGCGGCCGACACCUCGGCAUCACUACCAGAAGCAGCAGCAGCAGCAGAAGCAGCAGCAGCAGCAGCAGAAGCAGCAGCAGCAAAAGCAGCGCCAGCAGAGCAGUGCUUAGUGACGUCAAGCAAGACGAGGAUAGCAGUAUGCUUCUUGAUGCGAAGAAAGCCUCGAAGCGGAAAGACGAAAUUCAGCAUCUUGAGGAGGAAGCGCACAGCGUUAGCAAGGACGGCGAGGCCGCUUCUAAAGGGGCUGCCACGGCAACAGCCAGCGUCUCCAGCAGCAGCAGCAGCAGCAGCAGCAGCGGAGCAUCUCGCCCUUCCCCUCUGGAUAGUUGCACUGCAGGGGAAGCUGCGGGAGACGCCGAAAGGAGUAUACGCAAAGGCAACGAUAGCAGCAGGGAUGCUAUUGCCCACGGGGAUGUGAAGUCGACACAGUCGCUUGAUGUCGGCGGAAGCCGCAGAAAUUCAAGCAGCAGUGGCAGCAACUCUGUGGGAGAACAGCACAUGGCCAGCAUGUCUGCCGUCGAGUUGCCAAAGGCUGCAGCCUCCUCACGCUUGGGGGAUGUUGCUUCGCUGAGCAAUAUGCACGGCAGCGAUAGCAGCUAUCCUACGAGUGCAAACAUAGAAGACAAGAUGCGAUGGCGGCAAAGGCGGUUCACAGAGUUUAAGGCUGCUCUCAGCAGCAAAGCAGCCAGCGUCUCCUCGCCAGACAGAACGCCAGAGAGCGCAUGCGCUGCUUCCGCCUCUCCAUGUUCGCCUGCAGAGGUGCAGCAACGGAAGCAGGAGGAGAUCGCAUCGCCUCCCUCAAGCGCUUCUGGUGCUGCGUCCUCAACUGCCGCGGCAGCAGCCGCUACUGCCGCCGCCACGGCAGCAGCAGCAGCAGCAGCUGCAGCAGCAGCAGCAGCAGCGACGGCGAGCAAGCCAGCAGCGGCAGCACCAACCCCUUCGGGAAGCCGAUGGGACAAGUGCCCGGAGAGUCUUGUGAACGGUGUGGUUGGUGCUGCGAAAGCAAGUGCAACGGCUGCAACGGUUCCAAGCCGAGGCAGCACUUGCAAAAGUAGCGGCAGCAGCAAGCAAGAGCAGCGACAGCACGAGGAAGAGUUCUUGGUUCCUUUCUCGCGCACGCUGUCUAAGCCUCCGACUGCCCGAUUACCCCCCUCCUUUGGCUGCGCAUACGAGAGUCACAAACGUUUUCUUAGCCUUAUUAGGAG